GAAAUCCCUGCAGUAUAUCUACCAGCCCAUGUCUCCUGCUCGGCACAAAUUCCUCUGGUCAAUCGACUUGCUUCUCGCAUCCCUGCAUCUCUGCUACUAUCUAUUUUGCCUCAUCUAUUUCUCUCAGACCCACACAGCAUGCCGUUCUUCACUAGAAAACACAAGUCAAAGACCGCCUCGGUCUCACUCCCGACUCCGGCUCAGUCGCCCGCGAGCAACAGAAAGCCGUCGUCUCCUACAACGCCUGUGAUGAGCCCGCGCCCGCUGUCUUACACCACCACGUCGACCUCCUCGCCGGCGUCAUACCGCGUUCCGCCGUCGCCGGCCAUGAGCCAGACGUCGUCGACCUACUCGGCCGCGUACUCGGAGCAUUCUACCUCGACUGGGUAUUCUUCGAUUCCAGAAGAGCCGGUCGCGGAGGCAAAGGCCAAGCCGCUUGCUUUCCACGAGAUCACGAUCGAGCUCACCGAUGACGACGCAGUUGCCGUCAAGGUAGCCUACAACGAAACAAUCGGACUCUCGCCCUCCAACAACGCCGGCUCAUCUCUCGGCAGCCCCGCGAAUCUGUUCUUCAGCCAAUUCUACCAGAACCUGUUUGCGCUGCGCCCGGACCUCGAGUUCAUGUUCCCCGACAUCCAGCGCCAGUCGGCGGCCUUGUCGGGAAUUUUCUCUGCCGCGCUCGCGAUGCUGGAUAAUAUCCGCGCGCUCGAUGAUGUGCUGGAAAGACUUGGUCGGAGGCAUGCGUAUAUCAUGGGCGUCGAGCCUGAGCAUUUUGAACUGCUCGGUGUGAUCUUCAUCCAGACUCUUCGUGACCGUCUAGGCAGCCGCUUCACGCCAAACAUCGAACUCACCUGGGUCAAAAUCUACUCCUACCUCGCCCAGAAAAUGAUCGCCGCCGGCAGCGACAACUUCACCCCUUCCUCCUCCUCCCCCUCUGCUCCCGCUCCCGCCCCCCAGCAGCGCGCAACUCAGCUCCAAGUCCCUCCCCCUCCCGAGCGCCCGUUCUUCCCCACCGCCGAACGCGAGGGCCUCAUCGUCCCCGCCGUCCCUGUCGCCCAGCACACCACCCAGGCUAAACCCACCUCCUCCGCACCGCAACCCGCCGCCCCCGCGUAUCGCAGACCGCAGCAGCAGCGGUCGCAGCCGGCAAAGUUGCAGGCCGCGCCGACGAUCAGGAGUAAAGCCGCGAGCGCGAUGCGCAGCACGUCGAACUACGCGAGCGGCAAGAGCCGCGUUGAUAGUUCGGAGAGAUGUGCGAUUAUGUAGGUGGAUAUAUAUAUAUGAUAGUGGGUUGGUAUUUGAAUGUAUUUGAUUUGUAUUGUUGGAGUUUUGUUUUUAUGUGGUUGUGAUGGUACGAUAUAUAAUACAAGUACAGAGAUUUCAAC